UCAAAAGCCUAAGUCACAUGAUACUAAGAUGGCGAAGCAGGCAGAGCUGUUUAUCGUGGAAGUUAUUAAAAUAAUUUUUGUGUUAAUACUUUUGACCUCUCUUGUAAACAGAUGCGAUGCUUGUGGAAUAACGACACAUAUCGAAAUAAGCCAUAGAGCUCAGCAGUACUUUGAGGAUGACAGUGGAAGUCAGAUUGACUAUGGGAAGUUAAUUCAUGACAAUCUCGAUGCUUUGAUGGCAGGCAGCCCCUAUCCAGAUUCCUACUAUGAUUCAUUAUGUGCUAACGGCGACUACCAUGAUGUGUCUGAGGACACCCACUGGGCACCGUUCCUGAACGCGACCGUCAACUACAUCAACAGCCGAUACCCGAAGCCCUGGGACGAUGCCACAAAGAAGCUUGUCGUGUUUGUAUUCGGCAUCGUCUCUCAUCAGGUGGCCGACAUCCUGUGGCACAGUCUCGGCAUCGACCAGGGCUUCAUACGGGCCAUGGCUAAUAUGAACUUUUUUGGAAUAUUCCAGGAUGCUCACAGUGUUGCGGACUUUGGAGGUGAUGUUUUUACCACGUAUGAAAUGGACACAUCCUAUAUCCCAUUGGAAGAAGGCUGGUAUGUUCCUGUGGAUGACCUGUUCCAAAUUUACAUCAACUAUUACAAUGGAAACUAUACUAAAAUGCCAAGGGCCAUAAUCCAGGAAUGUGCCCUUGUCUUGUUUGUUGGAAGAUUGGCUGAAAACCUUGCGGCAAAGGAGCUGUACGCAGACUAUGCAGAUCAGAGUCCCUUCCUGCUGGAUCAGCUGGAGAAGUAUUUCAUUGGCGGUCUGGACGAUAUGGCAGGAUGGACCAACAGAAUCUGGCAACAGACUAUCACCAUGUUUGAGAAGGGAACACAGUCAUGUUACAUCCCCCAGAGCACACUGUUCUUGCAAUGCAAUGCAAGCCUCCCUCAGGUCAAAGGUUACAGAAACCCAGGCAAGAAUGGUUACUACCGACAGCCACCAAGGAAUGGCGUUACCAUGGACGACAUCAUAGUAACCAGGGAGCUCCGUGGUGUCAGAGUGAAACCAUCUAUUUCCUAUAUGGAAAAAUUGAAGAAGCACAGAAUGCAGAAGGCUGAAGCGGCUGAAAAGCGCCAGGCUGAGGUGAAGAAAUUCAGGCAGAGCCAGACAAAAUCAUCCUUGGCUGCAGAACCGCGUUCGCCUGACAGAGUCUUCUAUGUCAGCAAUGACUACGCCCGACUUGGGGAUGCAUUUGCUGUUGGUGAUUUAAACUCUGAUGGCUUUGAUGACUUGGUCAUUGGCGCCCCUGGCUACAGCAUGCCAGGAAGUCCGCAGGAGGGACGGGUCUACAUUGUAUAUGGUGAUGCAAGUGGUAUCCCGGAGACAGUGAACCCUGACCUUGACAACCUGGAGUCUUUUAAGCAGGGCCAGAUCUUAAGAGGCUUUGGCAUGGCUCAAUCUAGGUAUGGCACUUCUGUUGCCGUGGUAGAUAUCAACCUGGAUGGUGUGGCUGACCUCGCUAUCGGGGCUCCUGCCUUUGUGAAUGCUGGUGACGAUCCAUUACAGUACCUUGGUUCGGUGUUUGUUUAUUUUGGAAAUAAAGCCAAAAUGAAUGUGUACAAUGGUGCUGCUAACAUCACUAUAGCCUGCUCCAAGAUGCAGUAUUGUAACCUUGGUUUCUCCAUGACGGUGGGUGAUGUAAACCAUGAUGGCAACCCGGACCUACUUAUGGGUGCCCCAUUUGCUCCUACGGGUGGGGAACAGGUUGGCAUGAUAACAGCACUGUUGGCAAGCAAGGACAAUUUAGGUUAUCAAUAUAUUGAGGUAGAAGAUCUGACAUGGGGCAAAAAUGGGGACAGGAGCUAUGAUUGGUUUGGCUAUAACAUGCAUAUGAAACAGUGGAAUGGAAAGCCAGUGCUUUUGGUUUGCCAGCCUGAAUACAGAGAAUGUUUGGACAAGUACAACCCUAAUUGCACAACGUACAGCAGAGUGGAUAGUCAGGCAAUGGGAAGACUUCAACUUUUCUAUGGUCCAGACCUUGAAGCAAAAUGGGCUGUUGAGUUAAAUAUUGAUCCUUACGGCAUAGAAUCCUUCAAGCAAGUUGGAUGGGACGCUGAUAUUGGUUCUCCGUUUGCAGAUAAAUCCACACAGGUUAUUGCAGUCUCAAAUGUUGGCAUGGACAUUGAUGGUAGAAUAUUGGCAAAACAGACAUACUUCGAGCAAGCUGGAAAUGUUUUCUUGUUCAAUACAACCGAUGGAUUUAUUCCUGUUCAGCUGAAUCAAACAAUCGAUGGGGAUCGACGUUUUGAAAGAUUUGGAACUAAAAUCAGGUUUUUUGAUGUCUCAGGAGAUGGACUUGAUGAUUUGAUCGUGACAGCACCACUUCGGUCCCAGGACAUCUCCGAGGAGUUCUAUGGCGCUGACCAAGGUCAGGUCUACAUAUACAACGGCGGAACAAACUUCCCGUAUGAUCCAGCACUGGAGCAAUGCAAGGGGGAGCUAGUGAAGCCAUGUCCGGGCAAACAGGCGAGCACUGUUCUAACAUGGGGUGGCGAGAUAGCACAGACUCGCUUUGGCUCCAACGUUGAGGUGUUGAAGGCAGAGUCAGGGCGGCAAGUGUUUAUAACUGCUCAGCAUUCAAGCCAGUUUGCCAGACUAGCGGGUGCGGUGGGGGUUUUCAACUUCUAGAUAAUGUCCUAGAAUGUAACAUUUAAGUAUUGGUGUAUACAUUCCAACAUGAAACUGUUCAGCAAUUCUUUUGUUAUGCCAAAUAUCACAUUUGCACACACUUUUUGCAUUUCAAAUGUGUUUGUUAAAUGGUUUGUGUUGUUGUUCUGUUGAAUGGAAUAUUGUUAUAACAUUUCCAUAGAUAAACAGUGAAUCUUUGAGAUUACGAAAAGCUUAUGCACAAUGUAUACCUGUUUUAAACAGUGCAAAUGUAUGAAUUACUUGUUCUUCUAAAACUUGAGCAUCUCAAUGUUAUUGUUAUGUAGCAUUUACUUGUUUUUUAUUAUAAUAAACAACAAGUAAUAAUCCAAGUUAUAGAACACUUUUUGUGUAAAAUGAAAUCCAAUUGUAUGAUAUUAAAUCUAACUUGUGGAGAAAAGGCGUUUCAACCAAUUUUUGCGUGACUACACAGCUGAAUGACUUAAAACUAUUAUUUGUUGUUCUGUUUUUAACAUAUGUGCAAUAUUUGUAUAAUUGUUUUAUUUAUGUAUCAAAUUGUUGAUGUCAUGGGACUGUUAUGUAUCAAUAGUUUAUUAAAAAUUAUAUUAACGGUAUUAAAUGAUUCAGCGUUU